AUGAUUUUCGCCACACGUUCCGCAAUUCUAAUCCGGUCCGCCACAUGGCGCGCCGCAACUGCCGCAACGCGCUUCACAUCAACCCGUAUGCUGUCCGUCGGUAGCAAGAGCGGCAACACUCCGGCCCCAAUUGAGCGGUCCGAGUCGCAGGCCAUCCCGCUGGGCAAGUUCUACGAGUACAUCUUGAACGAGCCCCAGCCGAUCCCAGACGUGAAGCCAGAAGAGCCUCCCGUCACCGCCGCAAAGUCGGCAAAGGCCAAGUCUAGCAAGUCGGCCGACGCGAGCAACGGAAAGAAGGCGUCCGCUUAA